UUUAUUUUCAGUUGUGUGGAAGACAGCUCCGUUCUAAAGAGGCUCAUCAGCCUCUCUAGUGUCUCGUGUCCCCUCCAGAAUGGGUGUUGGGAGGGUCCCCUGGGUAGUGGCUCUACUAGUGAACCUCAUGAGGCCGAAUUCCUUCAUGUCUGAAGGCAGAGACUCCCCAGAGGACUUUGUGAUUCAGGCAAAGGCAGACUGUUACUUCACCAACGGGACAGAAAAGGUGCGCUUCGUGGUCAGGUUCAUCUUCAACCUGGAGGAGUAUUUACAUUUCGACAGUGACCUGGGGAUGUUUGUGGCACUGACUGAGCUGGGGGAGCCUGAUGCUGAGCAGUGGAACAAACGCUGGGACCUCCUGGAGCGGAGCAGAGCCUCUGUGAACAUGGUCUGCAGGCAGAACUACAGGCUGGGGGCCCCCUUCACCGUGGGGAGAAACGUGCCACCUGAGGUGACAGUGUGUCCAGAGAGGACCCCGCUGCUGCGGCAACACAACCUGCUGCUCUGCUCUGUGACAGGCUUCUACCCCGGGGACAUAAAUGUUCGGUGGUUCCGGAAUGGACAGGAGGAGAGGUCUGGGAUCAUAUCCACCGGCCUUGUGAGGAAUGGAGACUGGACCUUUCAGAUGACAGUGAUGCUGGAAAUAAUCCCAGAGCUUGGUGAUGUCUACAGCUGCCUUGUGGAGCACCCCAGCCUCCAGAGCCCCAUUUCUGUGGAGUGGAUGGCUCAGUCUGAAUAUUCAUGGAAAAAGAUACUGAGUGGAGGUGCAGCGUUCCUGCUUGGGCUGAUUGUCUUCCUGGUGGGGCUUGUUAUCCACCUCAAGGCUCAGAAAGCUUCCUUUACUGUAAAAAUGUGA